AUGUAGUUAUAUAUGUUUUAUAUUAGCUAAUGCUUAAAUUCCUCCAGCACAAAGGAAGCGGCUAGUAUUUGUUGCGUUUGGGAAUAGACCGCCUUUUAAAGGGGGUUGGUUCAAAGCACAAUGUAUGGAGCCGUUUAACAGGCAAGAACUCUUCAGCUGAAAUAGUCCUCCUUUGGGCAAUGCCCACCUCAUUCGCCCACUUCCUACUGGCUUCACUCGCUCACCCAAACAAAGGUGUUUUGGGGUUGCGGCUCACCCUCGGCCGACCCCUCCCUCGCGCCUCAGCGCUCCGCCCUGGCCCCGGCGCCCCGCCCCGGACGCGGGCGGAGGAGGGCUGCUGCCGGCGCCGGGCUCAGACUGCACAGCCCAAGGCCGGGGCUUCGGCGGCUCCGCUCGGCCGCCGGGAGCCCGCGCGUCCGGCCCGCCGACUUCCCAGCCAGCGCUCGGUGCCCGAGCCGGACCGGGGCCAGCAUGCCGCGCUGGGCGCCCUGAGCCGCCUCCAUGACCCUGAGCACGUUGACCCGCGAGACCAAGGCGCCCCGUCCUGCACCUGUAGUCCCCGUGACCCCGAAAUGAUCCCUUACUUCUCUGCCAACGCGGUGAUCUCGCAGAACGCCAUCAACCAGCUCAUCAGCGAGAGCUUCCUAACUGUCAAAGGUGCUGCUCUUUUUCUGCCACGGGGAAAUGGCUCAUCCACACCAAGAAUCAGCCACAGACGCAACAAGCAUGCAGGCGAUCUCCAACAGCAUCUCCAAGCAAUGUUCAUAUUACUCCGCCCAGAAGACAACAUCAGGCUGGCUGUAAGACUGGAAAGUACUUACCAGAAUCGAACACGGUAUAUGGUAGUGGUUUCAACUAAUGGUAGACAAGACACUGAAGAAAGCAUUGUCCUAGGAAUGGAUUUCUCCUCUAAUGACAGUAGCACUUGUACUAUGGGCUUAGUCCUUCCUCUCUGGAGUGACACCCUAAUUCAUUUGGAUGGUGAUGGUGGGUUCAGCGUGUCAACAGAUAACAGAGUUCAUAUAUUCAAACCUGUUUCUGUACAGGCAAUGUGGUCUGCACUGCAGAGUUUGCACAAAGCCUGUGAAGUGGCCAGAAUGCAUAACUAUUACCCAGGGAGCCUGUUUCUCACCUGGGUGAGUUACUAUGAGAGCCACAUCAACUCAGAUCAGUCUUCUGUCAAUGAGUGGAACGCCAUGCAGGAUGUGCAGUCUCACCGACCCGACUCUCCAGCUCUUUUCACAGACAUACCAACUGAGCGUGAGCGAACAGAAAGGCUAAUUAAAACCAAAUUAAGAGAGAUUAUGAUGCAAAAAGAUUUGGAGAAUAUCACAUCCAAAGAGAUACGAACGGAGUUGGAGAUGCAGAUGGUGUGCAAUUUGCGGGAAUUUAAGGAAUUUAUAGAUAAUGAAAUGAUAGUGAUCCUUGGUCAGAUGGAUAGCCCUACACAGAUAUUUGAGCAUGUAUUCCUGGGCUCAGAGUGGAAUGCCUCAAACCUAGAAGACUUACAGAACCGAGGGGUACGGUAUAUCUUGAAUGUCACUCGAGAAAUAGAUAACUUCUUCCCAGGAGUCUUUGAAUAUCACAACAUCCGGGUGUAUGAUGAAGAGGCAACAGACCUCCUGGCUUACUGGAAUGACACUUACAAAUUCAUCUCUAAAGCAAAGAAACAUGGAUCUAAAUGUCUUGUACACUGUAAGAUGGGGGUGAGUCGCUCAGCCUCCACUGUAAUUGCCUAUGCAAUGAAGGAAUAUGGCUGGAAUCUGGACCGAGCCUAUGACUACGUAAAGGAAAGACGAACAGUGACCAAACCCAACCCCAGCUUCAUGAGACAACUGGAAGAAUAUCAAGGGAUCUUGCUGGCAAGCAAACAGCGGCAUAACAAACUCUGGAGAUCUCAUUCUGACAGCGACCUCUCAGACCACCACGAGCCCAUGUGCAAGCCCGGGCUGGAACUCAACCGGAAGGAGGUCACCACCUCCGCAGACCACAUAGCUGAGGUGAAGGCUGUGGAGGGUCACCCACCCAUACCUCCUGUCUUCGUGGAACAUGUCCCCCCACAAGAUGUGAAUCAAAAAGGUCUGUGUACCAAAGAGAGAAUGAUCUGCUUGGAGUUUGCUUCUAGGGAAUUCCAUCCUGGACAGAUUGAAGAUGAAUUAAACUUAAAUGACAUCAAUGGAUGCUCAUCCGGGUGUUGUCUGAAUGAAUCAAAAUUCCCUCUUGACAACUGCCCUGCAUCCAAAGCCUUAAUCCAGCCUGGACAGGCUCCAGAAAUGGCCAACAAGUUUCCAGACCUCACAGUCGAAGAUCUGGAGACAGAUGCACUGAAAGCAGGUCUGAGUGUCCACUUACUACCUAUGGAAGAAUUGACAUCUCGCCUGAAAGACCUCCCCAUGUCCCCUGACCCCGAGUCACCAAGCCCUCAGCCCAGAGGCCAGGCUGAAAUCUCAGAUUUCAGUACUGAUCGCAUUGACUUUUUUAGCGCCCUAGAGAAGUUUGUAGAGCUCUCGCAAGAAACCCGGUGCCGGUCCUUUUCCCACUCGAGAAUGGAAGAACUGGCCGGAGGAAGGGGUGAAAGCUGCCGACUGUCCAUGGUCGAAGUGCCCUCUUCUGAGGUGACCACGGACGACCAGAGAAGCAGCUCCUUGAGUAAUACUCCCCACGCCUCUGAAGAAUCUUCGAUGGAUGAAGAACAGUCAAAGGCAAUCUCAGAACUGGUCAGUCCAGACAUCUUCAUGCCAUCUCACUCAGAAAAUGCAAUUUCAGUCAAAGAAAUUGUCACUGAAAUUGAAUCCAUCAGUCAAGGAGCUGGACAGAUUCAACUGAAAGGAGACAUCCUAUCCAACACAUGCCAUACGCCAAAGAAGAACAACACCCAUGAGAGGGCCCCGGCCCCAGAGAAUAAACCUGGACACGUGGAGCAGGACGAGGGCCUCUGCGAAGCCCAGUCUGAACCAGCCAAAGACUCAGGGAAGUGCAACCCAGAAGGCUGUCCAGCCACUCGCUCAUCCGCAGCCUACCUGGAAGAAGAGGAACCAGUUGAAGGAGAACAAGAACACAGGGGCUCAGGAACGCAUCCUGGUGCCAAGUGGUACCCUGGGUCUGUGAGGCGAGCCACCUUGGAAUUUGAGGAGCGCUUACGGCAAGAACAAGAGCAGCAUGGUGCUGCCCCUGCAUGUCCCUCGUUGUCCACGCGCAAGAACUCCAAGAACGAUUUUUCUGUGGCAGACCUAGCACCCAAAGGGAGAAGUGAUGAAACCACCCCAGAGCAUUCCUUGGCCCCCAAGGAGCCAGAGGUGAACAAGGACAAAGGGAAGUGCGGUGGGUCUGAGGCCAGCUCUCUGUCCCAUUGUGAGCAGAAUGCCAUUAUUCCGGCAUUCAAGCCACUGGAGCUUCAGCCCUGGCCCACUCCUCGGGAGUGCCCCGAGUCAGACACUCGAGCCAAACAGGAAACCGUCCUAAAGGAGCAGAGGACUAUAGGUAGCCACCAGGGAUCUGACACACAGGCCGCCCCCAUUCCCCUCCCCAAGAGGAUAGAAAUCAUUGAGUAUACCCACACAGCAACGCUGUCCAGUCACACUGGGCCAGGAAGGGAGGCAGCCACUGGCAAAGAAAGUGGGGAGCAAAGGCUGAGGCACAUCAAAGUGGAGAAGUCUGUCACUGUGUUCUGCGCGCUCGAUGAAAAUCUGAACAGGACCCUGGGCCCCAACCAGUUUUCUCUGCAACCCCAAACGCUACCUCUGCCUCUUUCUUCAUCCUCGGGGCAUGACAGGCCUGCUGAUCCAACCUCCACACUGAGCAGUCCUGAAGUCAGGGACAGCAGCCCACCAACAGUCCCAGAGGCAGCAGCGCCUUUCUUCAGCCACACAACCCAUAUACCCUCUGCCACAUUGGAUUUCCUGCAUCCCCAAAUGGUGGUACACCUGAAAGAUGUCACAGAGCACUCCAGCACCACAGACCACGAGCCCUCUACAGCACAGCUUAGCUGGGAAGGAAGUCCACAGGUCCCCCUGUCUGGUGGUGGUCCAGUGCCACACCGGGGCUCCCAGUUAAGCAGUGAGGACCUCAAUUUAAGGGGCAAGCUGGGUGACAACAGUGGGGAGUUAGGGGACAAACUGGACCUGUCCCCUGAGUCCUGUCAGCUCCCACCGAGCUCUGGUGGGGAAAACAUAGCAGGUCGCAGCAGCAGCAGCCCUGGCUUGGUAAGGGAGCGCACUCAGGAGAUUGAGUCUCGAGUGACUUUCCAGGCAGGGCGCACCAAACCACCUCAAAUGAGGCGCUCAGCUUCUCUCGCCAAGUUAGGCUACUUGGACCUCUGUAAAGACUGUUUCCCUGAGGGGGAGCCUGACUCCUCUGCAACCCCUCCUGUCAAACUGCUUCAGCCCUUCCUCAGAACAGACUCAGGCAUGCAUGCCCUGGGGUCCCAGGAGUCCCCAAAAACUCCAGAUGCCCCCCAGAACCCAGAGCCCACCAAGUAUUUUGUAGAGCAACUCAGAACAACAGAGUGUAUCGCACAGAGCAAGCCGGUGGAGAGGCCCCUUGUACAGUAUGCCAAAGAAUUUGGGUUCAGUCAGCAGUGUUUGCUCCCCAGGGCAGGACCGGAAUUGACUAGUUCUGAAGGAGGCCUUCCUUGGCUACAGACCCAGGGUCUGCAAUGUACGGGCCCAGCCCCAGUGCUGGCUAUGGCUCCCCGUCAGCAACAUGGCCGAACUCAUCCCCUUAGGAGACUGAAAAAAGCAAAUGACAAAAAACGGACAACCAACCCCUUCUAUAACACCAUGUGAUUCUGAGCCUAUACGCGUGACUUUCUAAUAGAAAUAUUUGUAAAAGGGGCAGGUGUAAUAUGUAAGGAACAUGCACUUUAUUGGUUAAUUUUAUACUAUUUUGGUCAUUUUACUGUUCCUAGCGCAUGCAGGGUUUGGGUUUUUUCAGUGUGUGUGUGUCUGUGUGUGUGUGUGUGUGUGGCAGGGGAGAGAGAUGAUUUGGAUGACAAGACCAUUUUAUCACUUUUUGUUUUAAAAAAAAAAACUCAUUUUUGAAGAAUACCUGUCUGUGUGUGUGUGUGUGUGGUAAAUUGCUGUUUUUCAAUCACCUGCCACCUGCUCCUCAUCUUACCGUGAGAGAAUAUGUGCUUGAUUGCUUGAGGGAAGGAGGCGGAUGCCAAGGGUAGAGUCCAAGCUGGAAACUAGUCUCCGGAUGAACAUGAAAUGCCUUCCAGACCUGAGGCCCUAGUGGAUGGACUGAAGAGCAAGUGGACAUCAGGGGGUCCUCAGCCUGGGGAGGCCCUAACCUGGGGCAUGCUUUGUUUUACUCUAAAAGUGAGGCCUUUUGGAAUCUACUGCUUCUGGCAUUCUAGAGCAUGUCAUUACAGAAAAAGCAUGAUAAUGAUGGGCUUUGUAGAUUUAUCAAGCAAACUUCACCAAGAAAAUGGUCUAUUAAAGUUUAAAAGAACCCCAAAAUGAAAUUCAAGAGUUCUUCUCUAGAUAGAAAGUCGGGAGUGGAGAGGCCACUGCCCAGUUACUCUUAGAUUUGGGGAGAGCCACACGGGUGGUUUUCUUGGCCCUUCCUGCCGGAAGCUGUGCUCUGUAGCAUCCUCUCCCCUAAAACACAGCAGUGACGAGUUUGAAAAACAGCAAUCAAAAGUCGGUGUGUUCUUGUCAAGUGAAUAUGUCUGCGGGGUUGUAACCCUUCCAUUACUUGAAUUAUACUGCAGGCCUUCUGAGUUUAAUGACCAUGUUUUGUUUUUUGUUUUUUCAAUUAAUUUUCUUCCCCCAUGCUGCCUAAUUUUUUUAAUUUCAUAGAUUAUAUUUGAAUUGUUACAUGUGUAUAAUUUCCAUUAAAUGCAAAGUUUUCUAUAUUAUCACUGUUAACACUUGACAUAAGUUUUUUUUUUUCUUUUUCCUGGGGAGUUUGUCAUUUCUGUAAAGUUCAUACACAGUAUUUAUGUACAUAAUGUCACUUUUUUAUGAUGUUUUGUUGAUGUUAUGGAGUCUUUUUCAUUGAUUAUUUUUAAGAAGUAGUGUUGCAACUGGAAAACACACAAAGACACCGGAAGUAAAACCGAUAGGCUUUGAUAGGAAUCUGCACAGUAUAUUGACUGUUUUAACUGUUUAAAUGGAGUGGUCUAAUUAGCUCCUGCCAAAUUAUAUAUUAGUAACUUCCUCCUCAAAAAAACUCCUGGAAGCUCCCAUUGGCUCACAGCGUUGACUGACAGUUGGCUUCUCUGUGAGCCCUGAGUCCCAGGACACUGCCAGUAGCUGAAACCACAGCCAGGGAGUGUGCGUGAGUUGCCUAAGCUGGAAGCUCCUAAUGGAGGCUGAGCGGCCACAGGGGAGGCCCUGACCAAGCUAAUGACUCCAUUUAGAAUGCUGUUGCUUUGCUGCUGUCGCGGAGAUCCUUAACACAGGAGCAUUUGCCAUAAACAAGCCUCUUUCAGCAUCUUGCAGAAAGCUAAUUUAGCCCCGAAUGCGAUGUGCUCUCUGCAGCUCAUCAAAACUAAAGAGGUUUGCAGAUUUGCUUCCUGUUUGCCUUGGUCCACGUUGCUAAGGAUUGACAAGCAGUUCAGACUGGAGACUUGGGCUUUGGUUCAUGGUAGCACUGGAGAUGGUACAGACCUUCAAGGUCAUUUCAGAGGCCAGAAUUCAGUGGGGGCAGAGAACAGGGUGACCCAGAGUACACAGAAAAGGUGAACUGGGGCCUUUUGCAGGUGCUUGACAGGAGCUGUGAAUCUAGUUGCCAUACUGAAGUUGUGGUUGGGUCUAACAUCACUGCCAGGAGGCAGGUUGGAUCAGAAACCACCUGCUAAGAGUGUCCUUAAAAUAUAGUGAUUGUGUGUACCUGUGCUAACCCUCAGUUGUCUGCUGAAAUGUUCAAACGUAUCUUCCACACCACUGUGUGCUUCUGGGAUAUUUAUGUGUUACAUUGUUAGCUGGUGUGUGCCAUUGUGAGGAGGCCUGAGAGACAGGGUUAUGAAUUCCAGGACUCAUCCAUCUAAACUGCUCUGUCUUAUUGAAGCAAUGCCACCACCAAUGUGAUGGGGGAAAGAGUAAGAAAAGGCAGAGCUGGGGAGAGGAGAAUUUAUGUGGAGAUAAGGAAGUGGCAUCUACUGAUGGUAAGCCCCAUGAGGGUGACAUGCCACACACAGAGGACAGACAGUCUCGACAGUGCUGCACUGUCCUGUCUUCUGGCCCUCCCACUGCAUCAGAUAGAACAGAGAUGGGAAAGAAACCUAAUGCUGUGAAGAAAAAAAAUAGAGCAUUGAUGAAACAGUCUUGUUUUGUCUUGCCUUUUUUUAAAUUAAUUUUUUAAAUCAUUUCCUUCACCUUUCUGAAUAAGCAUCUACACAGGGUCUAUAAUUGAACCAUGUCAAGGGGUUUUUGCCAGUCCUCUCAGAACCCCCCACAAUUGGAUGUUCUUGGUUUAUUUACAUAACUGAGUGACGUCCAGGAGAGGUAGCUAAUGAGAUGUUAAGGGCUUUUCAUACUUUCUUCAGUUAUACAUAAUUUUUGGUUGGCCUGUUUUUCUUUCCUGUUCACAGGAAGCUCAGACCUGGAGUACCAGUUUGAUAGAUAAGCAGAAAAAAGCCUUGACCUUUUCCCAGCCGCCUUUUUGUUUUCUUCUGUGAAAACUACCAUAAUCUGAUUUUUAAUUACUCUGGAAAAUGUGUGUAUGUGAGUGUGUGUGUGUGCAUGCAUGCGUGUUUCAGUGCCUGGGGCCAAAGCCCUGGGAGCACACAGAAUUUUAGCUGUAAUCUAGAUGGUUGCCUGGUCAGUAGGAGAGAAGCCCCAAUCCUUCCUUAGUUUUUGCAGACAUUUAGGAGUAUUCUCUAGUAGACAUGUAGUGCCGUAGUGCAGUGAUGUCCAUCUCUCCUUGUUUGGGUUGCCUUUCAGAUUCUUAAUGUUUAGGGUCAUUCUUGGCAUCUCAGCCUCUUCAGGCUCUUUAUCUAGGGUUUUCCUGGUUCCUGUGCUGGUAUUUCCUCUUCUCAUUUUGGAAACUACCUAAGGCUCCAAGAUCAGACUGAAGAUGACAGCCCAGGCUCUGAGCUCACAGGCCCCAGACAAAUGCUGUUAGGUCGAGGCAGAGCUUCCUAGACUUAGCAGCUUACAGAAAUCUUCACUUGUUUCAUCUGAGGAUUUCAGUUGUGACGUGAUCUAGGCAUGUUUGGUAAAGAUGUUUUUGUGGAAGUUGGGUUUUUUUUUUUCUUUUCUUCUUUUUUUUAAACAUUAUGCAAAAAGUCAUUUAUAAGGGCAUUUUAAAAUUUUUAAAUAAAGCCAUUCUUUGGCUUUUUGGAAAACUAUUUGUGGAUACUUUGUUUACAUUGUGAGUGUUAAAAUAUACAUCAUCUUGUUGGCCAUUAGUCCUGCAGGCAUCCAAGCCCUGGCUGCCCUGUAAGCCCUCCUGCAGAGCAAUGCCAUAACAGUCAGCCCUUGGCAAUCAGUGGGUGUGGCCUGGAGCUGACUUCCACUCAUAUCUUGCACUCCCAGCUAACACUCUGUGGAAAUAGUCAUUGGCUCAGUGCUGGUGUGUCUUGUAGUGAUGGUUGUAGUGGUGAAUGGUCAGUGUUGUUUGUUAUUUUCUUUUGCUUUUUGAUGGUAGAUGUUUCGGCAGCAACCCAACUUAAAAGCAUCUUGGACUUUAUUUUCCCUUCCAAACUAAAAGAUGAAGGCAUGUGUUAGACAUAAGUGUAUUUGCUGCCUCAACUCACCCAGCACCCAUAUUAGGAAGAGGCCUGCCAGCAAUGCAGGAAACCUCACACUCCUAACCCUUCUCCCAGGGCUCCGGGUCCCUUGACGCCAGGGCAAGCAAUUGCAAGGUGCUUCUGUACUUCUCCAGCCUAGAGGUGGAAGGUGACUGAGCCUGGCUUCUGCUAUGAAGUUUAGCCUCAUUUUCUCAGUAGCCCAGAGACCUGGGACAGGAUUUCUAAACUGGAACCACCCUGCAGCAGCUUGAAGAAUCCCCUAAGAGGUAUAGGGCAGGUGCCACCACUUGUGCUUUCAACGAUGCCAAGCAGCAUCCCUUGUGCACCUGCAGAGCUAAUAACCUGGAGCUUACCUCAAGCUGAAAACUGGGUAACUGGCCCUGAAGUGUUUCCCAAUCAGAAGGUCCACAGGGAAUUGUUUGGUUUCUGUUUCACUGGAUUUUGGUUUGCUUGGCAUAACUAAAGGUGCCUUUUCUUUCUUCUUUCCUUCCUUCCUUCCUUUUUAUUUUGUAAGACUUGUUCUCAAUAUAGGAAACAAGUACAAAAGACUCUGUCACUGACUGUUACCUUUGCCCCGGGCCACCCCCAAACUUUUAUGCUCACUUUUAUUAAAGCAGGUGCUCCCUGGAACCUCUGGGACCUUUUUGAGGCAUUUGAAGCAGAAAAUAGAGUGGUCCCAUCUCCUUCCUUAAUCUUCCUGGUGGUUGGGAUGUUCCACUUGUAUCAUAGAUUUUUUUUUAUUACUGAUGUGCUCCGCUGUUUUUAAAUGUGAACUUGUGCGCAAAUGUGCAGAUUCAAUGUUCUUGUUACAGAUUGAAUAAAUUUUUAUUUUGACGA